AUGUUCCUCUCCAACAUCACAGACUCUGGAGGAGUGCCUCUCUCGGUGGACUUCGACAGUCCUGUGGAUUAUCUCAUCUUUAUUUUCCAGCUUCUAUUCGCUACAGCUGCUGUUCUUGUGGCAGGACCUGUGGCCAUCACCAUUUGCUCCACCAGAGCUCUGCGCCUCCAAAACAGGUUCAUCUUCAUGCUGAACACCAGUAUUUGUGACACGCUGGUUGGGUUUUCAGUCUUUUAUCUGGGUCUGUUUGAUGUUCAGGAGGGAUAUCCCUCCAGAAAUGGGACUUAUAAUAUGUUACCUUCUCUUCUUGGAGUUAAUAUAAUGACGUUUUUAGUCGCACAGUUUGACCGCUAUUUUGCCGUCUGUCAUCCUUUCAUCUACACGCGCUUUGUAACCCGGGCAGUGGUUAUCACUGCAAAUAUCUACUGCUGGCUUCAUUCCUAUGCUCAGUCCAUCAUUUUAAGUUUCGUGCCACUCUCCAGAGCAAUGCAGGUGUAUUUCUACACUAUUAUCGGCUUACAAAUCAUUGUGUUCACCAAAGUGGUCAUGACCAUCAAAUUGUAUGUAAUCGCCAGAGUGCAGCUUGAGAGAGAUCCUCCCAGCGCCGAGAGAGAGAGCAAGAAGGAAUCGCUGAGAAUCAUCAUCUUUGUUGUCAUAAGCUUCUUGGUGUUGUGGUGCCCCUCUUUCGUUAAUCUUGUCCUCAGACUUGCGUUUAGACAAGGGAUAACGUUUAGGAACGAGGCCACCAAUCCUUUCGCCAUCUUGGCUCGUUUCAACGCAGUGUGCACACCUGCGGUGUACCUGUGGGGGAGUCCGGCUCUGAGGGAGGCCGCGGUGAGAACAGUGUGGGGCAGAGUGUGUCCAAGGUGCAAGAAAAGCAAGAGGAUACAUGUCUCUUCACUGCGAUGA